UCGAAAUCCAUCAGUCCGACGCUGUUACACAAAUAGUGCAUCAUUUCGUCGGUCUUACGUUUCGUCAAUCGCGGUGUUAAUUUAUUCCCGAAAAAUUUUGUUAAACAUGAGAAGUUCAAGAUUUAAUUGUUGUCCUCCGCGGUUCAGGUGGUUCCGCGCUAGUUGGUCGCCGAAACACGAUGCGGCCUUGCAAAUGUUACCCAAACCUGAAGCACCUGAUGCUGAUGAAAUAGAUGGUAUUCCAUUUGAAGAGAAAAUAAAAGAGCCCAAUAUCCUGAUAAUAAGAAACAUCAACCCUUGCAUAGAAGAAAACGGAUUGCAUCACAGAACGUCGAAAUAUGAAAUUAUGAGAAGAGAUCUUUUUCCUCAACUAGUAGUUAGAAGAGGGCAACAUUUCAAACUGGAUAUUACUUUGAGUAGACCAUACGAUGACGAAAAAGAUGGUAUUUCUUUUAUUUUUGUUGUAGAAGACGAAGAAAAACCAUCACAUGGUAAUGGAACCAUGGUAGCAGUACCAUUACUCAAAAAUCCCGACAGGUACCUGCCAUGGAACGUAGUUUUGCAUUCUAUCGACGGAAAUGUGAUUACAGUUAACGUGCUCACUCCCCCAGAUACAAUAGUUGCCAAAUGGAGAAUGGAUGUAGAUACUAGAAUAAUUGAUGAUGGCGCCUACAGCUACAGCUGGGAAACUAGAAUCUAUAUUUUGUUUAAUCCUUGGAGCAAACAUGAUCAAGUAUACUUAAAAUCUGAAGAAUGGCGGGAAGAAUCUGUAAUGAAUGACGUCGGUCUUCUAUUCAGAGGGACUUAUAAUAGGAUAAAACCUGUGAUUUGGAAAUAUGAUCAAUUUGAAACAGAUGUUUUAGAUUGCUCUUUGUAUUUGGUUCAUGCUGUUGGAAAUGUAAAAGCUCAUAACAGAUCGGAUCCUGUUAAGAUCACCAGAGCGUUAGCAGCAGCUGUAAAUUCAGCAGAUGAUAAUGGUGCUGUCAUGGGCAACUGGUCAACAGAUCACAGUGGUGGGACGGCGCCUACCAAGUGGAUUGGUAGCAUGGAAAUUCUUCAAAAGUUUUACAAAAAGAAGAAACCAGUGAAAUACGGUCAAUGUUGGGUAUUUUCAGGGGUGUUAACGACAAUUUGUAGAGCACUAGGAAUACCAGCAAGAACAGUAACCAAUUACUCUUCAGCUCAUGACACCCAGAACUCCUUAACCGUAGAUUAUUUUAUGGAUGAGAAAGGGUCAAUAAUGGAAGAACUUAAUUCCGAUUCGAUAUGGAAUUUCCAUGUUUGGAAUGAAGUUUGGAUGACGCGUCCGGAUUUGGGUAGGAUCUACUCGGGUUGGCAAGCCAUUGAUGCUACUCCGCAGGAGUUAAGCGAAAAUGCGUACAGGUGUGGACCUGCUUCAGUAGUGGCAGUUAAAGAAGGAGAAAUACUGAGAUCUCAUGACACCAACUUUGUAUUUGCUGAAGUUAAUGCUGACAAGAUAUUUUGGAGAUGGAAUGGUCCUACACAGCCCCUGAAACUUCUCAGAAAAGACAUUUACGGUAUAGGCAAACUAAUUCUUACAAAAGCUGCCGGGUCAUUUGAACGAGAGGAUAUUACUUCGACUUACAAAUAUGCUGAAAAAUCAGAUGAGGAACGAACUACAAUGUUGAAAGCUCUUCGUCAAUCAGAAAAUCUGUUUUCUAGGUACUACUUGAAUGAAGACUUCAACGACAUCUAUUUCCAUUUCAAUCUUUUAGACGACGUCAAAAUAGGAGAACCUUUCGAAGUAUCUCUUGCAAUGAGAAAUCGUUCAAAAACUAGAGAAUACUGUGUUUCGGUUAUCCUACGGGUCGAUGUAGUGACUUACAUGGGUAAAGUUGGCGAUUCUGUUAAAAAAGAUUAUUUCAAGACAUUUGUGAAACCAGAAUCUACUCAUGAAGUUAAACUCACUGUUAGAUACGAUGAGUAUGGUAAAAGAAUAAUUGAUCAGUGUGCUUUUAAUAUAUCUUGUUUGGCUUCGAUUGAGGAUACUAAGUUUGAGUAUUAUGCUCAGGAUGAUUUUAGAAUACGUAAACCUGAUAUCAAAAUAUUACUCCGAGAAACUCCAGUGGAAAACACUGAAUUUACUGCAGAUAUAUCAGUGGAAAAUCCAUUGCCGAUACCUUUGAAGAAAGGAGAAUUUACUAUCGAAGGUCCAGGAAUUGACGAGAAAAUAAAAUUGAAAGUGAAAACGGUGCAACCUGGAGAGAAAGCGAAAGGUGAAUUCAAAUUUACUCCGCCAAGAACUGGCAGAUUUGCGGUUGCUGCAAAAUUUGUAUGCAAAGAAAUGGACGAUGUUGAUGGGUUUAUUAUGAUUCUGGUAGAACCUAAGAAAGAACAGAAUGGCCAGUUGUGAUAAGAGUGAAGAGCUAUGUUUUAUAUGUUUUACUAAUAUUUAAUGUGUAUUCAAUUUAUUUAUUUAUUUGUCUCAUGUAAUAUUUAACUAUAGAAACAUUAUUUUAUUUAUUGUUUGAUAUAGGUAACUAAAGCUUUAAUAAUGUAGGAUUUUCCUAGUUUUUAACAGGGGAACACUCAAGUGAUGUUAGUGUUAGGCUUAAUAACAACAAUUAAUUUGUUUUGCACUUUUUUAUUUUUAUUAAUAAAUUAUAUAAACUGUUUUCGUUUUUUUUUUUUUAUUUCCGA